CUGAGCUAUAUGCGGCCUCACUUAAUCCCAAAGACAAGCGCCCUGCCGACGUCCCUUCCAGAUUAUCAGUGAAAGUUCUGCACUGAGACACAAAAGGUGUCCCACCUCCUCCUCCUGAUGAAGCACAUGAGGCCCACCUACCACUUCUGUCGCAUCGAUGCUUCCCCUGUGACCUUCCACCCUCUCUGAAGGCCGUCCAGGCAGGGCAUCAUGAGCGCCGACUCCGAACACCACGGCGAGCUGGCAGACCUGGUGGCGGCCAUGAACGUGGCCUCCACCCGCGCCACCACACCCAAUGGCUACCGUCCCACCACCUCCCACCGAGCGCGGCUCUCCGACAGGAAGAUGUCUCUGCAGGAGCGAGGGAGCCGCAUCAGCCGGCAGCCAACCAUCGAGACCAAGCGGGUGUCCAUCACGGACGCUGACGAUUGUGUCCUGCUCAACCAGUACAAGCUGAAGGAAGAGAUUGGAAAGGGCUCUUACGGAGUCGUGAAAUUAGCUUAUAAUGAAGACUCGGAACAGUAUUAUGCAAUGAAGGUUGUGUCAAAGAAGAGGCUGAUGAAGCAGUUUGGAUUUCUGCGUCGUCUGCCUCCGCAGGGGUCAGACUCCCAACAGCAGGAGGCGGCGGCCUUCCCUAAAGCAGUGCUUCCUCUAGAGAAAAUCUACCGGGAGAUCGCCAUCCUGAAGAAGCUCUCCCACCAUAACGUUGUCAAGCUGGUGGAGGUGCUUGAUGAUCCUGAUGAAGACGGCCUGCACAUGGGUAGGAGCUUGUUUACGGUUGAAAGUGUAAGUUAUCUCCUGGUGGGUAAACCUGGCGUCUUUCUGCUAUCAUGUCCUCAAGCCUUCGAACUGAUGACAAAGGGUCCAGUGAUGGAAGUGCCCACAGAUAAUCCCUUGACGGAGGAGCAAGCUCGCUUUUACUUCAGAGAUGUCGUCCUGGGCAUAGAGUAUUUGCACUACCACAAGAUCAUCCACAGAGACAUCAAACCUUCCAAUCUGCUGCUGGGGGACGACGACCACGUCAAGAUCGCCGACUUCGGCGUGAGCAACGAGUUUGAUGGCACGGACGCCCUGCUGUCAAGCUCGGCGGGGACGCCGGCCUUCAUGGCGCCAGAGACCAUGACGGAACAAGAGCAGGGCUUCAGCGGAAAGGCUUUAGACGUGUGGGCGAUGGGAGUGACGCUCUACUGCUUCGUGUAUGGGAAGUGCCCUUUUUAUGACGAAUACAUUGUCUCCCUACACAACAAGAUCAAGAACAAACCCGUGGAGUUUCCAGAAAUUCCACCAAUAAGUGUUGACCUAAAGCUUCUCAUUGAGAAGAUGCUGGAUAAGAACCCUGAAACCAGAAUCACCAUCCCUGAAAUCAAGCUCAACCCGUGGGUGACCGAGGGCGGCGCCAACCCUCUGCCCCUGGAGGAGGAGCACUGCACAGCGGUGGAUGUCACGGAGGAGGAGGUGCAGAACAGCGUCAAACUCAUCCCCAGUCUCUCCACGGUGAUCCUGGUGAAGUCCAUGCUGAGGAAGCGCUCCUUCAGUAACCCCUUCGAGUGUCAGGCCAGACGGGCAGAGAGGUCCAUGUCUGCCCCGGGUGGUCUUCUUAUUGGUUCUUGGGGCCUGUUGAGGUCCUCGCCUCUGCUUCAUCCUUCUUUGAGGUACAUUUGCCUGCAGCACGUAGAUCAACUCGUCCAGUCCUCCGUUGUCCAAAGUGUCCAGAGAGACGACACAAAGCUCCCAACAAUGCGGAACAAUCGUUUAUUGAAGAGCUUUGCGCCGGCUUCACCCGUCCCGCUCAUCUGCCUAACGUCUCCUCAUCCCCAGCCCUGAUUUAUUCUCAUCCCGAUCUUGAACUUUUCAUCACAACAUCCCAACUUUUUAAAAACUGUUAGCCAUAACUCAUCCCCAGUUGGUCCUCAUGCUUAUGCCAACUUUUUGCUCUCAUCCUUGUCUGAAAUGAUCUUUUUCUCAUCCCCAACUUCUCUUCAUGUCUCGGCCCAAGUUUAUUCUCAUCCCCACCUUCUCUUCAUGUCUCAGCCCAAGUUUAUUCUCAUCCCCACCUUCUCUUCAUGUCUCAGCCCAAGUUUAUUCUCAUCCCCAACUUCUCUUCAUGUCUCAACCCAGGUUUAUUCUCAUCCCCACCUUCUCUUCAUGUCUCAACCCAAGUUUAUUCUCAUCUCCACCUUCUCUUCAUGUCUCAGCCCAAGUUUAUUCUCAUCCCCACCUUCACUUCAUGUCUCAGCCCAAGUUUAUUCUCAUCCCCACCUUCACUUCAUGUCUCAGCCCAAGUUUAUUCUCAUCCCCACCUUCUCUUCAUGUCUCAGCCCAAGUUUAUUCUCAUCCCCACCUUCUCUUCAUGUCUCAGCCCAAGUUUAUUCUCAUCCCCACCUUCUCUUCAUGUCUCAGCCCAAGUUUAUUCUCAUCCCCAACUUCUCUUCAUGUCUCAACCCAGGUUUAUUCUCAUCCCCACCUUCUCUUCAUGUCUCAACCCAAGUUUAUUCUCAUCUCCACCUUCUCUUCAUGUCUCAGCCCAAGUUUAUUCUCAUCCCCACCUUCACUUCAUGUCUCAGCCCAAGUUUAUUCUCAUCCCCACCUUCUCUUCAUGUCUCAGCCCAAGUUUAUUCUCAUCCCCAGCUUUCUCAUCCACAUUCAUGUCUUGUCCUCCCUUUUGUUUCUCCCAACGUCGAAUGAUUCUCAUCUCCAACUUCUCCUCAUCCUGAUUCACGUUUACUCGUUAUUGUUCCUCCUCGUUUGUAACUUUUUCCUCAUGCUAACUUUUCAUGGUCACCCCCACAUGGUCACUCCUUAUCUCCGACUUGUCCUCGUUCCCAGCUUCCUCAUCAUAACCUCAUGCUUAUUUCCCAUCUAUCCGUUUUACUCAUCAUUGCCAAUCUCAUCCCAUGUUUCCUCAUCCCCAUUCCUGGCUUUUUUCCACUCAUCCCAACUUUCCCUGAUCCUCAUUCCCGACCUCUCCUCAUCCUUAUCCCACUCGCACUCAUCCCGAUUUUUCUCUCGUCCACUAUUUUGCUCAUCCUCAUCCUAACUUCUCCUCACUCUUACCCCCAACUGAGCUGAAUCCUCAUGCCCAGCUCCUCCUCAUCCCUGCUCAGCCUUCAUGUUCAUGACUCGGAAGUGUCUGCUUGCUCCGCAGGAACAUCAGCCUGGAGGGCAGCAGAGACGGCGAGCUGGAGGACUUGUAUGAAGACGAGGCGUUCACGGAGUGCAUGGAUGACAAGGAAGCAUGAGACGGUCGCUGGUGUUGCCAUUGUUUGGUCCGUUUCUCACAGUAGCAAAGACAAUUAGUGAUGUAAAGGGGGGGGCGGGGCUGGAUAAGGACCAGUUACAAAAAGUCCACACUAAAGUCAGUCAAGGAAGGCAAAGAGGUCAAGGAAAGGAAUGAUCAUACCUGUCGACCCUCCCAUUCUCACAGGGAAACUCCUGUAUCUUGUUUCCUGGUGCCCUCCCUUGUUCAUCGUUUCCCCCAUUCCAAGUUUUCUCGGGGAAGAAAGUAUUUCUGGUUCUACCGGAUCAGCCGGUAGAACCAGAAAUACUGGUACGGUGAAGUCAGGCCAAAUUAAAGGAAGCACACCAGUAAAAUAACAUAUUUGUGAAAUUCUAGUGGAAGUUCUUGCGCAAGAUCAGAAUCUCCCUCAUUUCCUCUUACUUUUUUGGAACAUUUCUCUUGUUUUCUCAUGCAAAUGUUGGCAAUGAUGGUAAUUAUGCUUCCUUGGUUGUCUGUUCUAAACCAAACUAAGUGUGCUCUGUAAAGAAGAUUUGUUUACAUUUUCCUACUAUAAUAAAAACGUCAUCUGA